AUGGUGUUUUCAUCUUCCUCAAAAGGCGGGCACAACUCAUCUCACAGGUACAACAGGGGUAGAGGGCUGUCAUUCCGAGGUGCACGCCAGAGUCACCCACGCCAGCAUGGUCUGCGAACACCUCGAAGUGGAGACGCGCAGAGGACGCCGUUUGCCUCUCUAUCGGACGCGAUCUCUCGCCAUCAACCAACACCAGCUCUCUCCGAGUCGGCCUCCUUCAACGAGAGAAACCAUGUUGUUGGACAGCGCGUGCAAGAAGAUGAUUUCCUUGAUCGAAUCAUCGUGGCUAUCCACCUCAAAGAGAAUGGAAAAGUAGGCUGCGCAUACUACAUCGCUGCCGAAGAAAAGCUCUUGUGCAUGGAAGAAGUCGACGGCGGAGGGAGUCAAGUCAUUGAAAGAUUGAAAAUUGAUCUUCAGCCUACGACGGUCAUUGUCUCACCCCAAUCCGACGGCGUCUCGGGAUCCUCUGAUACCCAAGUGCGGCGACAGGUGUCGCUUGUUGACAGUGAUGACAAUCACCACCCUCUACCCUACGAGAUGGAGAUCCGGCCUUCUCAUGACUUCGGCUUUGAAGGGGCCCUGAACAAGCUUUUGAACCUUCCCGUCCUCUCCAGCCACGAGAAUGCCUCCGAGUUCUUCGUUCCAGGCGAAUCCGUCACUCUAGACGAGGAGUUACAACCCGACCAGCUAGGAUUGACCAGCCGCCGUGGCAAGUUAUUGCAGAUAUCCUCCUGGCUUGACCUGAACAACAGACUCAGUAUUGGCUGCGCUGGUGCCAUCCUUGGGUACUUGCAGCGAAGGAGACCUGCACAAGAUCUGCCGUACGGCCCAGAUGCCAACCCAACCUGGUGCGUGAGGAGGCUUGAGAUGUUCCACCUUAAAGGAACAAUGCUGGUGAACGCAGACACCUUGAUAUCGCUACAGAUCAUACAGCCAGAGACCCGCCCUGUGGCAUGCAAGCAAGGUCCGGCGGCUAAAGAAUCACUUUCAAUCCAUGGACUAUUUCAGAAGAACAUCAGAACACCGCAAGGGAAGGUGUUGUUGCGACAGGCUUUCCUUAGACCGUCCUUGCACCUCGACUCUAUCGACUCUCGCCUUGACAUCGUCUCGGUCUUCGUCCGUCCGGACAAUGAAGAGGCAUGUCGGAAACUCAGCAAAAGUCUCGGCAAGAUCAAGAAUAUGAGGGCCACACUUACUCUGCUCCAGAAGGGCAUCGACAGCGGCAAGCAAACGCACAAUGCGUUCAAGAGCGGUGUUUGGGCGUCGCUCCUCGAUUUCUGCUACCACACGAUUGAGAUAGCGGACACUUUGCAGGAAGUGCUUGGGGCAGAUCGUCUCCCACUGUGCAUCGUUGCUGCAGAUGCCCUGGACCGAUAUAGUCUCCAAAGGCUAGGGCGGAUGGUGUAUGAGAUGGUCGACCUGGACGCGUCGACCGACCAGCAACGGACUGUCAUCAAGCCGGGCGUUAACGAACAACUGGACGAAAUCAAGAACCUCUACGACGGUAUGGACAGCCUUCUGACGACGAAGGCAUUUGAGAUAGCCCAGACCCUGCCGCCGGGAGUCAACGUCAAUCUGCAGGUCACUUACUUGCCUCAUAUGGGCUUUCAUCUUGGGGUAACGAUGGACGCCAUAACCGGCGAACCGGUCUACGAUGGGCGGGAACUUGGGUGGCAGCGUGUAUUCCACACGGGUCAGCAGGUCUACUUCAAGACCGGUGCAAUGCACGAACUGGACAAGGAUCUAGGCGACUUGUAUGCCAUGAUUUGCGAUCUCGAGAUCGAAAUCGCUUACGAUCUCGCCCAGAAGGUCCUCGAAGACGAAGACCUGUUGAUCACCGUAUCCGACUUGUGCGGCGAACUCGACUGCAAUUUAGCUUUUGCCCACACCGCGCGCCAGCUCAAGUUGACACGGCCGAUGGUCACUGAAGCCAAUAUCAUUGACAUCAAAGGGGGUCGGCAUUUGCUACAAGAGAUGGCUGUCCCUUCCUUUGUUCCUAACGACACUUUCCUGGUCGGCGGCAGCGGGCCGGACCAAAAUCCCAGGUCUGAAGGUCCGAGCAUGCUGAUACUGACUGGCCCCAACUAUUCGGGAAAAUCGGUGUAUCAGAAACAGGUCGCUCUUCUGGUUUACCUGGCUCAAGUGGGCUCGUAUGUCCCGGCCGACUCGGCCACCGUCGGCAUUACCGACAAGAUCUAUACUCGCAUUACCACCCGCGAAUCCGUGUCAAAGCUUGACUCCGCAUUCAUGAUCGACAUGCAGCAGAUUGCCAUGGCCUUGAGUUGCUGUACAAGGAGGAGUCUGGUGGUCAUUGACGAGUUUGGGAAGGGCACCGAUUCUUGCGACGGCGCCGGCCUUGCUGCUGGAGUGUUCGAGCACCUCUCCUCGCUUGGAUCUGAAGCUCCCAAAGCUCUGGUGGCAACUCAUUUCCACGAAAUCUUCGACCUGGGUCUGUUCGACAAUGCACCAAACAUUGCUUUUGCACACAUGGAAGUGCGGGUUGAUGAACAACACAGCCGUCAUGAAAAUCACACUGGCACCGAAGUCACCCAUCUGUACAAUCUCCGACUCGGACGCAGCGAUACUUCGUAUGGCGUGCAAUGUGCCGCGCAGAAUGGAGUCCCUGGAGAAGUCGUCGAACGCGCCUCAGAGCUUGCUCGCUUGUCGCGCAGAGGAGAGGACCUCGUCGCGAUAUGUUCCGCUCUCAGUCGAGCCGAGUCAGAAGAGCUCCAGUUGGCGCGAACCGUGGCGGACUCGUUCAUGGAUCAAGUCUUUGACCAAGAAAUGACGAAAGAAGAAUUGCUGGUUACCCUGGACGCCAUGCUGGAGAGCGUUUUGGAAGAGAUGGAUUGUUCAGGAGGUGAUUCGAACGACAGCCCCGGAUUGUCGAGACGAUCAAUAUGA